AUGCAGCUCUCACUCCUCGCCAGUACCAUCCUAUACACGGCGGCUACCGCCUGGCCACACUAUUCAGAGCCAAGAGGCAAUGAGUAUCAAGCUCCCAAAGGCGACGAUCGCCGAUCCCCGUGCCCGGGCUUGAACGUGAUGGCGAAUCACGGAUUCCUCCCUCGAUCCGGGAAAGAAAUCACCCUCGAACACAUUCGCUACGCAACCGGUGCAGCUUUCAACUUUGCUCCUGGAGUCUUCGACUCUGCGGUGGCCGAUGUUUUAGGAAACGGCAUCUCCACAACAAACGCCCCCAACUCCACAUUCAACCUGGAUGAUCUGGUCUCGCCCAAGGCACACGGCAUUGUCGAGGUCGACGGCUCGCUUUCCCGUAGCGACCUGGCUCUCGGUGACAACCUCCACUACAACCAAGAAAUAUGGGACGCCGUGGCCGAGAACCUUGGUCUCAACCGCAUCUGCAAGGGCGACAAGAUCGUGACUGUUGAGACCGCGGCGAAAGCACGCAACGCUCGGCAGGUAGUGGCAAAGGCAGCGAACAAGGACUUCGAUGCCUCCGAGCUUCAGUCCAUGGUAACACGCGGCACGACAGCCUUGUAUCUUCUCACUCUGUGGGACGGUGCCAGGAACGGUGCUCCCAAGACAUGGGUCAAGACGUUCUUCGAGCACGAGCGCAUCCCAUACAAGGAAGGGUUCCAGAAGCCCGCAAAGGCCAAGACCGCCGAGGAUCUUGGGAACAUGUUCCAGGCCGUCAGCGCGGUGAAGGCCUAA